CAGUCCCAGUCGUCAUUCUAUCCAUUCGAAGAUUCAGAUUUUCUUCGCUGAGACAAAAAAAAUGGCGUCUCUAAUAGGAUCACCAUGGAUGAGAAUCAGGGCUUUACCUGAUAUCUCAUCUCCAUUCAUUCGUCAUUUCAAGCCACUCCCUCUCCGUAGAAACUUCUGUAUUAUCGCGGCUUCAAUUUCAAGUCCUGGUUUCCGUAAGAAAGACGAAGGAGAAGUUCGAGUUCGUUUCGCUCCUUCUCCUACUGGAAAUUUACAUGUUGGUGGAGCUAGAACAGCUUUGUUUAACUAUUUGUUCGCCAGGUCUAAGGGUGGAAAGUUUGUACUUAGAAUUGAAGAUACUGAUUUGGAAAGAUCUACUAAGGAAUCUGAGGAAGCUGUGCUGAGAGAUCUGGCUUGGCUUGGCCUUGAAUGGGAUGAAGGCCCUGGUGCUGGUGGAGAAUAUGGUCCAUAUCGGCAGUCUGAACGAAAUGUUAUGUACAAACAAUAUGCUGAGAAUCUGUUGAAUUCUGGGCAUGCUUACAGGUGUUUUUGUUCGAAUGAGGAAUUGGAGAAAAUGAAGGACAUUGCAAAGCUAAAAAACCUACCACCAGUUUAUACAGGAAAAUGGGCUUCAGCAACAGAUGAUGAAGUACAGGAAGAACUAUCUAAAGGGACACCAUACACAUACCGGUUUCGGGUCCCAAAAAAUGGCGUCUUAAAAGUUAAUGACCUUAUCCGUGGAGAAGUCAGUUGGGGGUUGAACACCCUUGGAGAUUUCGUGAUCAUGAGAAGCAAUGGUCAACCUGUCUACAAUUUCUGUGUCACAGUUGAUGAUGCUACCAUGUCUAUCUCUCAUGUUAUAAGAGCAGAAGAGCAUUUACCAAACACUCUGAGACAAGCAUUGAUAUACAAAGCUCUAGGAUUUCCAAUGCCUAAAUUUGCUCAUGUUUCUUUAAUCCUUGCUCCUGACAGAAGUAAAUUGUCAAAACGCCAUGGAGCAACUUCAGUAGGUCAGUUUAGAGAGAUGGGUUAUUUGCCAGAGGGAAUGGUGAACUACCUCGCACUUUUGGGGUGGGGAGAUGGAACUGAAAAUGAAUAUUUCACCCUUCAGCAGCUUGUUGAUAAGUUUACUAUUGAUCGUGUCAACAAGAGUGGAGCUAUUUUUGAUAUAACAAAGCUAAGGUGGAUGAAUGGUCAACAUUUAAAAGCUCUCCCGUCCGGAGAUUUUGUCAAGCUUUUGGCUCAACGCUGGAAAACCACUGGCGUCCUCACAGAAUCAGAAGGAGAGUUUGUGAAUGAAGCUGCCGAACUGCUCAAGGAUGGUAUCGACUUAGUACCGGAUGCAGACAAAGCACUCACAAAUUUGCUCUCCUAUCCAUUAUUUGCUACUUUAGCCAGUCCUGAAGGUAAACCUGUUUUAGAAGACAAGCUCUCGGAAGUUGCCACCAGCUUGCUCGCUGCUUAUGACAGUGGAGAGCUGGGUGUGGCACUUGAAGAAGGUCAUGCUGGUUGGAAGAACUGGGUGAAGAGCUUUGGGAAAUCGACGAAACGCAAGGGUAAAUCUCUUUUCAUGCCGCUUCGAGUUUUGCUGACAGGAAAACUCCAUGGGCCAGACAUGAGUUCCAGUAUCAUCUUACUCCAUAAAGCUGGAAGCUGUGGUGUGGUUGCUCCUGAAGCAGGGUUUGUUACCUUAGAUGAAAGGAUUAAAAUGUUGAGGGAAAUCGACUGGGAAGCAUUCAAUAAAGAAGAUCAGCCUACUUUAGAAUCACCAUCUGCUACCACUGCAUAAUUUCACAGAGUUUUUUCCCCAUUUUUUUUACCGGAUUUUGCUUUCUCCCCGCGGCUAACCAGUUUAAGCGUUGAUGUGUCCUAAGAGUAUGGUUGCCAAAGUUAAGUUUUGUUCGUUAGGAAUAUUAAGAGAAAAAUAACUUCUAGAAGCUUUAGGAACACGCUUCAAAGAGAUUCUGAUGCAGGCAUAAUUAAACUUUUUGUCCUUUAUUUCUUGGCUUUCACUGUACUUUUCAGUUUCAGACUUUACUUAGCAUGUAUAUCCAUUAUUUUAUUUACAGAUUCGUUUGGAAACAUGUAAACUAGUAGAAUUAAGAAAUGUCUAUCGUAAACAAGUGCAAAUUGGUGA